AUGCAUCUUUCAAGCGUUACAAGUUCCUCCGGCGCUAACGCCGAUCGGGUUAUGCAUCUUUCAAGCAAAUUGCAUGAUGAUAAUGAUGCGCCAUCGUCGCUGUUACUACUUCCAGAUGAAAUCUCUUUGAACUGCUUAGCACGCGUGCCUCGAUGUUACUAUCCGUGGGUUUCUCUGGUCUCCACAACCUUGAGGCGUCUCAUCGCUUCGCCGGAGAUUUACACAGAGCGUUCAGCACUCCGCCGCACAGAACACGUACUUUACGUUGCGCUUAGACCUUACUGUACACGAACCCUUGAAUGGUACACUCUCAAUCUCAUCAAACCUAGUUUCGGACAAGAAGAGAUUAAACACCGUUUGGUUCCUGUCCCUUCGUUCCCUUUGGUUCCCUAUUGGGGAAUGUCUAUCGUCGUUGUCGGCUCAGAGAUGUACUUCCUCGGUGGAAGCGUCGACGAGAGCUUCGUCUCCACUGCGUUUGUCAUCGACUGUCCGUCUUACACGUGUCGCUCCCUCCCUAACAUGAAGCAAGAACGCGGCUGCGCCGCCGCGGGGAUCGUCGACGGGAAGUUGUAUGUGAUCGGAGGGUGUGACCCUCUGUCUCCGAACUGGGUGGAGGCUUUUGAUCUAAAGACUCAAACUUGGGAGACUGUGAGGGGUUUGUCUGACGUGGAGGUGUAUGAGAAAACGAUCAGGAGCUUCGUGAUGGAUGAUAAGAUUUGCAUCAUGGAUCGAGAUAGUAGCUUUGUUUACGAUCCCAAAGAUGGAGUUUUGGAGAGGGACUUGUUGUUGAACAAGCAGUGGAGGGUGGGUUCUUGCGUCAUUGAUGACAAGCUCUACAGUUUUGACCAGGAGAACAUAUUAUGGGAGUUUGAUCCUGUCUCGAGGGUUUGGACCCGAGUGAAGGGUCUUGAAGAUCUUCCUGGUGUCCGUGAUGUCACUAAGAUGGCGAAUUGUGGUGGCAAAAUUGCGAUUUUGUGUAACGUUGAAAAGUGUUCGACGGAGAUUUGGUAUACGGAGAUCGGGUUGGAGAGGAGGGAAGGAGGAGAGGCUUGGGGGACGAUCUUGUGGUCUGGUCUUGUGCUUGCUUCGGAAGGUUUUUCUACCAUUGUACGAUCUCUGUCUGUGUCAUUUUGAUGCCACACUCCAUUGUGCGGGAGGUCAGUAGUUACCUUUGGCUUUGAGAUACCGAUGCAUCAUUCAUCACUUCUUUGUAAUAAUAUAUGGAUUGUUAUUUUUAUGUUUAAGUUUGAAAAUGUAUUGGAGCAGCUUGGUCUGAUCAAGAUGUUGAAUUUUCUUGCCCUUGUUUCUUUCUUUUACAAAUCUAUGGAUGUGGUUUUUAUUUUAUUUUUAUCAACAGCUAUGUACUUUUGAAUUGUUUGAAAUUUUAACAUGGCCAAGCUCUACGUGGUCUUAGGGCGA